UUGGCGUUCCUGUACUUGUCUGCGAACAGUGAUCACAAGAAGACAAGAACUUCGAUACCGACUAGUUUACCACAAUAUUUACUUUAUUUGGGUGUUUUUGUAAAUACGAAAUAGUUAAACAUUGCUCCUAGCUCCUCUUAAUUUCAUCGCUUGAUAGAUCAAGACCACUGACAAUGAUGUCGUUGCAAUCUAAUCCGCAGCUGGUGGUGUACCACCUUUACCAACUUUCAAACAGUCUCUCUGCAAGUACUACAGAAAUGGUCAACAGCUUAAGAACUAUGUGUACCCAUAAUGUUGAUUCUCCUGACAUAUUAUGCAAACAAAGCUUGGAAGAGAGUGCUAGAAACUGUAGCGGUAAAAUGAUUAUGUAUCUUCCCAAGAUUUAUAAACAAAAUAAAUCUGCCAGUAAGAAAUUUCACCCUAUCAAAAAUACUUCAAAUGGAGAGGAAUUUAAGCUGGCCGUACAGUUGCUUUCUCCGAUCCAGCCUCUAAGGCUGAAGAAGAAGUAUCAAGCUCCUUGGGAAAUUUCUUUUAUUUCUGCAAAUACUUUUGAAGAAAAUAAACGAAAUGGCUUUCAAAGAGGUCCAUCCUCUAGUCCACAUACCACAACUUAUAUAAUGUCAUCUAGGAAUCUUCACCCAGCUUUACUUCAGUCAAGUAGUCUUGCCUGUCAGAAAAGAGGGUUCAAAACAGAACGAAUUGCCAACAGAGAAAAGGAAAGAAACAGUGGUGUUUUCAGUCAAAUUGCAAAUUUGUUUCGACCUUCUAAGCCAGAAAUUGCCAUUAAACCAAAUAUGGACAAAUUUGCUGAUACCAAAACAGUUGAAGCUGUUACUUCUGCAUGGAUGAAGAUCUACGAGGGUGGUUUCAAAGCUGGUGAAUCAGCAGAGCAGCGAAAAAGAAACCGAGGGUACUGGAUAAUUGGUUUAGUUCUUUUGAGCACUUUUGUCUCAGUAGCCCGACUGUUCCUUAAAAAUUUUCCCUUCAGGGAGCAAAUUAAAAUAGUGUCUCCAGAAGAAAUUGAUGUAACCUUUGCAGAUGUGCGAGGGAGUGAGGAGGUCAAGAAAGAACUUGAAACAGUUGUGAAUUUCCUGAAGAAUCCCAAAAAGUAUGCAGCUCUUGGGGCAAGAUUACCGAAAGGUGUUCUUCUUGUUGGAGAACCAGGAGUUGGGAAAACAUUACUUGCCAGAGCAGUUGCUGGAGAAGCUCGAGUUCCAUUUUUCUAUGCUUCUGGAUCAGAGUUUGACGAAAUCCUGGUUGGAGAAGGUGCUCGGCGGAUCCGCAACCUUUUCCGUAUUGCUAAAGCAAAUGCUCCCUGUGUUAUCUUUUUGGAUGAAAUUGAUUCUGUUGGAGCUAAAAGGACUAAAUCAUCCGUUCACCCUUAUGCAAAUCAGUCAAUCAACCAACUUUUAUCAGAAAUGGAUGGCUUUCAGGCAAAUGAGGGUGUGGUAGUACUUGCUGCCACCAAUAGAGCCUCAGAAUUGGACAAGGCUCUUGUUAGACCAGGACGUUUUGAUAUGUCCAUUCAGGUGCCCUAUCCUCGAACGCGUGACCGCCGUGACAUUAUUCAGUAUUAUUUGCAGAAAAUUGCUUGCAGAAACAUUGAUAUUGAACUAAUUGUCAAACUGACUGCUGGCUGGAAUGGAGCAAAUCUUGAAAAUUUACUAAAUUGGGCUGCUAUAAUAGCUGCUACUGAAAACUCAGAAUAUGUAAAUAUGCAACACAUAACUAAUGCUUUUGAUAGACUUGUUCUUGGUGUUUCAUGGGGAUCAGGAGACAUUAGUGAUUCAAUGAAAGAGACAAGGAGAGUAGCCUACCAUGAGGCUGGUCAUACACUAGUGUCACUGCUUACUCCUGGAUGUAGCCCCAUCCACAAGGUGACAAUUGAAGCUCGAGGGUCUUCAUUAGGACAUACUGCGUCUAUUAGAGGUGAUGAGCUUCUCCCCACCAAAGCUGAAUUCAAAGCACAGCUUGAUAAGUGCUUUGGAGGUCAAGUAGCAGAAGAGUUAAUUUAUGGAUCUGACGAGGUUUCAACAGGCUGCGCAUCAGAUUUGGAGAACGCUACCGAAAUAGCUUCAACUAUGGUAAGAAAGUAUGGCAUGGGAGUAAUUAACCGAGCUAUUCAUGACUCAGAAUCGCUUAGUGGAGGAGCCCAGGAUAAAAUUGACACUGAUAUUGACAAACUUCUUACUGAAUCCAAGGAACGUGCCAAAAAUGUCCUAUUAAACCAUAUUACUGAUUUGCAUAAAAUAGCAGGGGCACUUUUGGAGUACAAAACACUGACUAGAGCAGAUCUCAUGCAACUUCUUGGAAAAACUGAUGAGGUAGAAUCAUCAGAGAGCAGUAAGCCUUAGUAAAAUACAUAACCAUUUUUUUUCGUUUUUUUUUUUUUUUUUUGGUAAUGUCAGGCUUGUAAAAUAAACAUAGUUUCUUUAUUAUUCUCCCAAUGUAUAGACACCUCACAAUUGAUUACAAGAAAAUCCCUGUUCUAUGGAUUCACGUGGAAUUAAUUUUGAGGAUUCCUGCUGUUUUGUGUAGUUUCAUAAUUACAAGUUUGCCAAUUUUGGGGAAUAGUUUUGGGGGCUGCUACAUAUUUUGGCUUAAAAUCCGCUGAGCACCUUUGUCAUCUUUGACAUUAUUUGAGUCACUACCCUAAGAGUUGUACCCACUUUUGGUUGAUGUUAUAGAGUGGUGUACCAUGCAGAAUAGUUGUUCUGUUUAGUGAAACCAUGAUCAUCUUAGCCACCAGCACCACUAAAGGCAUAAAUUGGUGAAGGGUAAAACAUCAGUAAUUUCCUUAAAGAGUUUUGUGUGCAGAUUUUAAAAGCUUAAAAGUUUUGCUACUUUAAAGAAAAAUUUAAUUUGGAUCUUACAAAUAUUUUUUAACUGUAACUGCAUCUCAGCAUUGUUGAUUUGAUUCAUGAGAAUUGGGUUUAUUGCACAGUGACAUCAAGUCAACAUAAGUCCUUCCUUUCUCAUCCUGUCUUAUUGUGAAUUGUGUUCCAGUCAUCAGACUCUUUCACACUACCCAAAAAACUAUCAUAUGGUGAUGAGUUUGGGAAGUGCUCCUCCCACCAAAGUUGAUAAGUUAUGCCUCCUAUAGUCAUUCAUUCGAAUACGUAUUUUGUAUCUGUUAUUGUUGCUGUCUAGUUAGAAAAUAAAAAUAAAAAGUGUGA